AUGCAGACAUCGAGUCAGUGUGAAACGAUAGCAGUGUCGCAGUACGUCCAUUCAGAUGGCAUAAACAAUGGCGGCGGGCUGCUAGUGGAUCAGGGAGCCCUGAAGAGUCCAUCGUCUAGCACGCCGACCCCUCCGGGCGGGGCUGGUUCCAGAGACGCCAUCAUCAGCCUUGCGCCAACCGCGAACAGGAUGAAGAUGCCAACAACGAUAGCCCCGACACAUUCCAACAACGAAAUGGCCGAUGAAAAUUCCGAUUCGGAAUCAGAAAGUGAGUAUAUGACUGAUGAGAUGAUGUUGUCUGGUCAGGUCCAUCCACAGCAACCCGGUUCGGGUGGACACCCACAGCAAGCUAAGAGACCCCCUGACGGUUUGAAGCCCGGCAAAAAGACGAAGGGACGUGUGAAAAUUAAAAUGGAAUUUAUUGAAAAUAAGCUUCGCAGAUAUACGACUUUUAGCAAACGAAAGACUGGCAUAAUGAAGAAAGCUUAUGAACUGUCCACUCUGACAGGUACCCAAGUGAUGCUGUUAGUAGCUAGCGAAACAGGACAUGUUUAUACGUUCGCUACACGCAAACUUCAACCUAUGAUUACUAGUGAGAGCGGCAAAGCCCUCAUUCAGACGUGUCUAAACUCUCCAGACUCCUCAGCAGAUGGACCUGCUCAUCAACAACGGAUGAACCCCACAGGUUUCGAGGAAACUGAACUUACUUACUCCGUUGAAGAUGAAAGCAAAGCGGAUAUAAAACCUAUUCUGGCGCAAAUGCCCGGGGACCAAGUACUGAAUCGGUCCCAAGCACCUAGUAUUGCCAAUCCGACAGGUACAUCGUCUUCAUCAUCUGUAUAUGUCAGCUCAGCAGCCCUCACUCAGGCCCAGAUGGCUUCUCUGGCGCCUUCUACGGUCUCUUCGUCUACCACUGUGACCACUUCAUCAAAGCCGAGUGUUGUCGUUUCUAACCCAUCUCCAAACAAUGCCAACCCCAAUUCGGCGACCAACAUCUCUAUGCAAGUCCCUCCUAGUCUGACUGCCAUCCUCCAACCUGGUACCCAGUUUACGAUUCCCAUUCAACAAGGAAACCAGCAGUUGACCCAGACAGCAACAACACCCCAGACGAUGUACCGUUUACCCAACUCUCAGGUAGUCUCCAUCCCCAGUAUGCCCACUAACAGUAGCAAUGGCUCCCUGAGUAGCCCUACAACUGUAAGUGGGGACACUGUUCAGGUAGUAACUCCUUCAACGGCCACUUCAUCCUCAUCUUCCACAACCACCACCAACAACAACAAUAACCAGAACUCUGUUAGCUUCAUGUCAGUGCCCACGACUACAGGGGGAUCUGGGGCAGUAACCCAUGGAAUUGUGAUGUAUCAAACACCCCAAGGUGUGGUUUACGCCACUCCGACUACAGCCACCCUAUCGGAUGGUUCUAUCUUUAACUUUCAACAACCGGCCAUCUCGGUCGGAAAUUCAACCGAACAGACCGCAGCCGGGGCCCAACAAAUCAUUACGAUUCCUGUUCCCUUAGCAGGGUCCCAACUUUUGCAGUUUACUACAAACUCUACCACGGAUCCAGCAACAAUCUCAGAGUUAACACAACCCAGUUUGCCGAAAAAGGCCCGCAAAUGA